UAUAGACCUUUGCCCCAGAAUGGCCAGAUCCCUGACUUUUACCAGAUUGCUUUCAGAGUCAAAUUCAUAACUGGUUGCAACCGUACAGUUUCGAUCAACCGUUCAAGUGAGUUGUCCGCAUCGACUCCGUGAUGACAUACUCGGGAGGGAGACGGAAUCUUAGCGAUCACUGCUAGUACAUGUCGGGCUCAUAAAAAAAAAAAUUCUAAUUAGAUCCGGUGAUCACCUAACCAUUAUGUGACCAACCCAGUGCUGAUGGGCCUUUGUAUUCAAUGGCGCAUUUAAGGUUAGUACCCACAUGUAAUACGUUUCUACGAUGGGCCCGAUAAGUAGUACCGCCGCCCAUCCUCAUUGCGGCAAGGUGGAGUUGUACUACAGUCCAGUGGCAUCACGUCCAACUGUCUCAGAAGUAGGAUAGGCUGCACACAUGACGACGGCACGUUCCGCCCCCAAUCUCACCAUCUUCCGCAAUUAUGCAUCCAAACCUAAUCCAAACACUCUACCACCGUCAAUUCUACUCUCUCACUCAGAAACAUGUCUGACGGUCUUUGAUGCAUUCCCCAAAUCCAUCUUUCACUUUCUGGUCAUACCCCGGAUCCAGCCGCCGUUGAGCGCACGCCAUCUCACAGACUUGCGUUCUCUGCUUCGAUGCGAGAAAAGAGCCGCAAAGGAGGUGCUUAUGAACUUAAACGAAGAAGCGAAUAACGUGAAGAAGAUGAUCGAGGAAGAGAUGAUGAAGUUGUACAAGUUCAAGUGGGAAAUUUGGAUGGGGUUUCACCCGAUUUCGAGCAUGGAACACCUCCAUUUGCAUGUGCUUUCUGCAGACUUGUAUUCUCCGAAGAUGAAGUCGAAGAAGCACUACAACUCGUUUCAUCCUAGCUUGGGAUUCUUUCUGCAUUUGAAAGAUGUUCUUUCGUGGUUCGAUGCCGUGCCUUCGUAUUAUCAAAGAAUGAUUAAGCUCGAUGCCAGCCAGUAUCAGUCGCUAUUAAAGGACGGCGACCUUAGUUGCUGGCAGUGCGACCGUGCCCUGGAGAGCAUGCCUAAGCUGAAGGCGCAUUUACAAGAUGAGUUCGGUAAGCUGACGACGAGGGAGAAGGCGAAGUCAGAAAGGAAAAGGAAACGUACCGAUGUACCCGUUUCAUCCGUGCAGGCAGCGGUGACCGAUGAUGAGCGACCUGAGAAGGUCGCUCGUUUAACACCUAGCCGAGGUGAUGAUUCCAGCGAUCCAACUGUAGGUGUCGACCUACUGUCGUAAACAGGUCACCGGUGCUGUCUUUCCCAGUUACAUCAUAAUGUCAUUCUUAGUUCGAUGGUGCAUUCGCUGAAGCUAAAUAAAGAUGGUCGACCAACUAUAUCAUCGCAAACAGUGCGUCGGACGCCAGUAAUCCAAGUUGAUCAUGCGAAUCGACAACAAGUUACAACCAUUUAAAACUUCCUUCGCAAUGCAGAUUGGACUGCACACGCGCCGCGAUGGCAUUGCAGAGGGCUGUGAAGAGAUUGCGGGGCAAUAAUAUCCCACUGGAGCAGCAGAUUGUAUUUGUUCACAUAGGUGUCUAGUUUAAGGAUCGAUUCGCGAUUUUAUUGCAUUGUCUGUGAU